AUGGCCGACCAGUUCAAGGCCCGGACGUUGAAACGCAAGAACGUCAAAGGUCUUGCCCUCAAUGCGACCCCCAAGCCCGCCGCCGCAAAUGCCUCCGACGGUGAUGCCCAAGUUCCCGGGGCGGUCGGUAACUCAGAGGGCACUCGUACAGAUACCCUGGAAAUUGGCCUGGAGUUCCGACUCGAUCUCCGAAGUGAGGACCUGGUGACGUUGAAAGAACUGGGAGCCGGUAAUGGAGGCACAGUCUCCAAGGUGAUGCACGCAUCAACCAAGGUGAUCAUGGCCCGAAAGAUCAUUCGAGUUGAUGCCAAAGAAAACGUGCGAAAACAAAUUCUCCGAGAACUUCGAGUGGGACACGACUGCAAUUCCAACAAUAUUGUGACCUUCUAUGGUGCCUUCCAGAACGAGGCCCGAGACAUCGUCCUGUGUAUGGAAUAUAUGGACUGCGGAUCUCUCGACCAUAUCUCAAAGAACUUCGGCCCCGUUCGAGUUGAUGUGCUGGGCAAAAUUACAGAAUCCGUUCUUGCUGGUCUGGUCUAUCUGUAUGAAGUUCACCGUAUCAUGCAUCGCGAUAUCAAACCUUCCAACAUCCUAGUCAACUCUCGCGGAAACAUCAAGCUGUGUGAUUUUGGUGUCGCUACGGAAACUGUCAACUCCAUCGCCGAUACCUUUGUUGGAACGUCGACCUACAUGGCCCCGGAGCGUAUUCAGGGAGGGGCCUAUACCGUCCGCUCAGAUGUGUGGAGUGUUGGUUUAACCGUCAUGGAACUGGCCGUUGGACGAUUCCCAUUUGAUACUUCAGAAUCUGCGGCCGGAGACCGAGCCAGUGCCGGCCCAAUGGGUAUUUUGGAUCUGCUUCAGCAAAUCGUUCACGAGACUGCUCCUAAGCUGCCCAAGAGUGAUGCUUUCCCGCCCAUCCUGCACGACUUUGUUGGCAAGUGUCUACUGAAAAAGUCUGAGGAACGCCCAACUCCGCGAGAGCUUUAUGACAAGGAUGCUUUCCUACAAGCGGCAAAGCGUACGCCAGUCGACCUGCAAGAAUGGGCCAUCACAGCGGCACCCCCAGCCCCAGCACCAAUUCCGGCACCAAUCUCCAAGCCUCCUCCCCCUCCCAUCAGCAAGACAGUCCGCGCCCCACAGCCACAGCAAUCACCUUACCAACAACAAUCACCCUACCAACAACAUCCUUCUUCGGGUGAAAUCCCACUCAACAUUGGCAACGAGUUCCCCAUGCCCAACCGCUACUACGGCCAUCAGCCUCAAAGCUACUCGUCCCGCACCAACUCCGCGAAGUCUCCACCACCACCAUCAUUGGAGCACCUGUCCCUGGAAACAAAAGACGACAGCGAUCACCGAUCCCGCCGCCCCAGCCGCCAGCAUCUAGGCGACCCCGUCUCAGCCGUCGACGCACCUUCGCGACCCUUCAUGAGCCCGCGCUCCGCAAGCUCACACAACACCAAGUCCCGCACAAACUUGAACCCAGCUACAUUGCCCAUCCGCGCGACUCCCCCGCCAACCGGUCCGCCUCCACCCCCACCAGUCUCCGCAGGUGGAAACUAUCGUGGAUACCCUGGGUAUGGUAUGCCAGGUGCAACAUCCUGA